UUAGACCGACCGUUUGGUCUCGCAGCGCCGCCGCCCACUAUUGUCUCUCCUUGCGUCCAUGUUCGGGACAUGAUCAUUCGGACCUACGAUGGCUGACCAGGCCAGAGGAGUGGGGCAGGAGGACACGCUGCAGUCUCCGCAGAACCGCAAAGCCGUGCGCUCGCAAAGGAUAGCGCCGGUGUCGCCCUCAGAUUCGCGCCUCCCUCCCUCCGAGCCCUACGACGACGACGACGACGACGACGACGACGACGAAGAAGAAGAAGAAGAAGAAGAAGAAGAAGCCCGGGACAGAGCGCCCCCAAUACCGCGAUCUCACACGCCCGGACACCUCUCUUCCAAGAGUCAGGACCGCCGCAACAAGCCCACCGACCUCUCCCUCCGCCAGCGCUCGCAGUCGUUGGCUGCAGCGAUCGCGCCCUCCUCCUCUUCCUCCUCCUCCGGGGUGACGCCGUUGCUCCCUGUCUCAGCAGCCUCGUUCUCUUCCGGUACCUUGAAGACACCAACCCCCUCCUUGACCCGACAGCCUGCCACUUCCGAAGACGCAACGCCUGUGAAGACUCCCGGGCGUGAGCGGCAGGAAUCCGCCGCCGGCAGUAGCGGCGGCGGCAGCAAAGAGCCCCCACGACGACCGCAGGCGCUGCGCUCGACCUCGGCCAUUGCAAGCCGACCAGGAGGAGGCGGAGCAGGGGGUAGCGGGGGAGCCGGGGGAUCGGGGCAAAGCAGCGGCGGCGGCGGCGGCGGCAGCGGCAGGAGCAGCAGCAGCAACAACAACAACAAUAACAAUAAUCAUAACAAUAACCACAGCAACAACGGCAAUGGUGGCAGCAGCAGCGCGGUACCGGGCACCGUGACCCGAAUAGGCACGGGCCGGGGGGCGCCGGCCAAGGGCGCCGAGGUGUACACCCCUUCCCCGCCGCUCGUGGACCCCCGGACGGCGGCCGACGUGCCGGCCGCGCCGUCGUCGGGCAUGUACUGGAGCCGGGCGCCGGCGUCGGGGGCGCCGCACACGGCGCUGCGGGCGCACACGGCGACGCUGGUGGGGUCCAACGUGUUUGUGUUCGGCGGGUGCGACGCGCGGGCCUGCUUCAAUGAGCUGUACGUGCUGGACGCCGACGCCUUCUACUGGUCGACGCCGCACGUGGCCGGCGACGUGCCCGUGCCCCUGCGCGCCAUGACGUGCACCGCCGUCGGCAAGAAGCUCGUCGUCUUUGGCGGCGGCGACGGCCCCGCGUACUACAACGACGUGUACGUGCUGGACACGGUCAACUUCCGCUGGUCCAAGCCGCGGAUCCUGGGGGACAAGGCGCCGUCGCGGCGGCGCGCGCACACGGCCUGCCUGUACAAGAACGGCAUCUACGUCUUCGGGGGCGGCGACGGGGUGCGCGCCCUCAACGACAUCUGGCGGCUCGACGUGAGCGACAUCAACAAGAUGUCGUGGAAGCUCAUCUCGGCGCCCUCCCCGGCGACCGGCACCGGCAAGGACGCCGUCCCCAAGGCGCGGGGCUACCACACGGCCAACAUGGUCGGCAACAAGCUCAUCAUCUACGGCGGCUCCGACGGCGGCGAGUGCUUCAACGACGUCUGGGUCUACAACGUCGAGACCCACGUCUGGAAGGCGGUCAACAUACCCAUCACCUACCGGCGCCUCUCGCACACCUCGACCAUCGUCGGCUCCUACCUGUUCGUCAUCGGCGGCCACGACGGGAACGAGUACUCCAACGACGUCCUGCUGCUGAACCUCGUCACCAUGUCCUGGGACAGGCGCAAGGUCUACGGCCUGCCCCCCAGCGGCAGGGGCUAUCACACUACCGUCCUGCACGACAGCCGGCUGCUGGUGAUAGGCGGGUUUGACGGCAGCGAGGUGUUUGGCGACGUGUGGAUCCUCGAGCUAGCCGUGCACUCGUACUACUCGCAGAUCAGUCAUUUUACUGUUGAUGUCUAGGUUUGUUUGAUCCUAAUCGCCAGCCGCUUCUGUGGGAAAGGGGGGGAAGGGAGGGCACGGUUGGAUCGAGGGGAAGCAGGGGCGCGCGUUCUAUAACACUGGCGAGGCAUGGCGUCGCGGUCUGGACAACGCAAUACAAAACGGAGAGCGGUAACGGCCUUAUUAUCAGAGUUUCCUUUUUGUUUUUGUUUUUUUUUUUAAAAAAAAGUUCACUCCCACUCAAAUUGGUGGUCAACGAAAUCGCAGAUAACGAGCACUUCUGCUGGAGAAGAAAUACAGCUUCUUAUACAAUGCCAUCUUGUGUCUAUGCCCCUCGUUGUUUUAAACCAUGGCCGCACGUCCAUCGAAUCCUGCGCUCUCUGUUACCAUGCCUGCACAGGC